CGACGAUCCCAUUCUUGUCCUGCAGGCAGCAUUCCGGGUGGAGAGUGAGAGAAAAGAGAGACAGAAGAGAUUUGAGGCCGUGGACUGUACGUGUACACCAAGAAAUACGAGCUGUAUGUCCAAAUCAGCGGCGAGGUUUAAACAAGAUAUGGCCAACCCAGGGCAGAUUCAGGGAGAAGACAUGGAGCUCUAAGCUAGCCUUCUCCAUCCAUCUCCAUUUGCUGCCUUGCCCACUGCUCGCCAAAACCACCUCUUCUACUCUUGCCGUGGCGGUUUGGCGCAGACUCCUCUAGUGAAGAAGAGGGGGAAAAAAUCCAAGUGGGAGGGAGUAGUAAAGUUUCCCCAGCUGCUGUCCAGACACACACAUGCUGCAUUGCUGCCAUUCCUUAAGCCCUGCUCCAUCUAUCCCUAGGGCAAGGCCACUAGCUUGCUAGCAAGCUAGCAAUUGGCAAAUAAGAAGGCCUGUCCUGAGGGAUAAAAAUACAAGCAGACUGUGUACAGUGACCUUCUCUUGUUUUCUUACUUUUCCGGGUCAACUAGCCACAUACUUCCCAAGUGCGGCUCCUUUUGUUACGCUGCCAUUCCUGCUGCUUUGAGCACUGGAGGAUUGCUCGUAGCCGGUCAAUCUACAGUCGGGCAGACUGAGGAACCCAGAGGGAGUGGUUAUCAGAGGCCAGGAUGAUGGAGCCCAGCAUGGAGAACUGCCUGGCCCUGGUCCUGCAGAAGGAUGUGGGCCGACGGCUGCAGGUGGGGCAAGAGAUUAUUGACUACAUUUUGGACAAGGAGAAGUCCCAUGACUUGGAGCAGGACCAGACAGCGCUGGACAAGAUGGUUGAUGGGAUUGCCAGCUCCUGGGUCAAUUCUAGCAACUUUAAGGUGGCUCUGCUCGGCUUGGACCUCUUAUCUGCCUUAGUGACAAGGUUAACGGAGCGAUUUAGGGCACAAGUGGGAACAGUUCUGCCAAGCCUUAUUGAUCGAUUGGGAGAUGCCAAAGACCAAGUACGAGACCAAGACCAAACUUUGCUGCUAAAGAUCAUGGAACAAGCUGCCACCCCGCAGUAUGUAUGGGACAGAAUGCUGGGAGGCUUCAAACAUAAAAACAACAGGACCAGAGAAGGAGUGUGCCUUUGCCUCAUCGCCACACUGAACACAUAUGGAGCUCAAGGCUUGACUCUUAGUAAAAUUGUUCCUCAUAUAUGUAACCUCCUGGGGGACCCCACAAGCCAGGUACGUGAUGGAGCUAUGAGCUGCUUAGUGGAGAUCUACAGGCAUGUUGGUGAGAGGGUGAGGCUGGAUCUCAGCAAGAAGGGCCUGCCACAAUCACGGUUGAAUGUAAUCUUUAGCAGAUUCGAUGAAGUCCAAAGAUCUGGGAACAUGAUCUCAUCCUCCGGUUCAGAUAAGAACUUUGAGGAUGAGGACUCUGUGGAUGGAGGCCGGUCCUCCUCUUCCUCCUCCUCCAAAGCACCCCCCAGUGGCAGGAGGACUGUAAUGAGCUCAGUGAAAAGACCCAGCUCAGCCACCACUACAAAGGCCCCAGGUAAAGAAGCAGGUGCUGGUGCUGUUGAUGAAGAGGAUUUCAUUAAAGCCUUUGAAGAUGUGCCCUCAGUUCAGAUCUACUCUAACAGAGAACUAGAGGACCAGCUGACAAAGAUCAGAGAAGUGCUGUCUGAUGACAAACAUGACUGGGAGCACCGAGUGGUCGCGCUGAAAAAGGUCCGUUCACUCAUGUUGGCGGGAGCUACUGAGUAUGAAGGUUUCCCUCAGCAGUUGCGGCUUCUGGAGGCUCCCUUUAAGCUGUCAGCUAAAGACCUGCGCUCCCAGGUGGUCCGUGAGGCUUGUAUCACACUCGGACAUUUGUCAUCGUUGCUGGGGAACAAGUUUGACCAUGGAGCAGAGAGUGUCAUGCCCACACUGCUGAACCUUGUGCCCAACAGUGCCAAAGUCAUGGCCACAUCUGGGGUGGCUGCCAUUCGCCUCAUUCUGAGGCAUACACACUAUCCACGUCUUAUCCCCAUCAUCACCAGUAACUGCACCUCCAAAUCAGUUGCAGUCAGACGACGUUGCUAUGAGUUCCUUGACCUCAUGCUGCAGGAAUGGCACACUAAUACACUGGAAAGACAUGUAGCUGUUCUGACUGAGACCAUCAAGAAAGGCAUACAUGAUGCAGACUCCGAGGCCAGGUCCAUUGCAAGAAAGUGUUACUGGGGUUUCCAUGGCCACUACAGCCGGGAAGCAGAGCAUCUGUUCCAGGCGCUGGAGUCCACUUACCAGAAGGCCCUCCAGUCCCACCUGAAGAGCUCUGACAGCAUUGUGUCUCUACCUCAGUCUGACCGUUCCUCAUCAUCCUCACAGGAGAGUCUCAACCGACCGCUGUCUGUGAAGAGUGUCAUUGGAGGGAGCAUAACUAGGAGUAAGCUAGUGGGCACCAGGGUGUCAACUACACCAGGUUCCCUCCAGCGCUCCCGUAGUGAUAUUGAUGUAAAUGCUGCCUCCAGCGCCAAGUCACGUCUUUCCACUGUUCCUGCCUCCUCACCGUUCAGCACUGCAGCUGCCCUCCCCCCAGGAUCCUACGCCUCAUUAGGUCGUGUUCGCACAAGGAGACAAAGCUCGGGCAGUGUGGGAGGAGCCAAUACAUCAGUUGUGGACAGCAGGGGGCGAAGCAGGGCCAAAGUGGUCUCCCAAUCCCAGCGAUCCAGAUCAGCCAAUCCCAUCAGUGCUGGCAGUCGCUCCAGCUCACCAGGAAAGCUUCUUGGACACAGCAGUUAUGGGCGGAUUCCUCGAGCCACAGCAUCAGCCUCCACUACUCCAGCGGAUAAGCGCAGCAGGAUCCCUCGCAGUCAGGGUUGCAGCCGAGAGACCAGCCCCAGCAGGCUCGGCCUCGCCCGGAGCCGCAUUCCCCGUCCCAGCAUGAGUCAAGGUUGCAGUCGCGACACCAGUCGCGAGAGCAGCCGUGACACCAGCCCUGCUCGGGGUUUUGCUCCACUGGCCUCCCGACGUCACUCCCGUUCAACCAGCGCUCUCUCCACAGCCGAUCCCCACGGCCAGUCAGACCGGUACGGUUUGAUUCACCAGGCAAGAAUUUCUGCAUCAGUUAAUGCCAUGAGGGUCCUUAACACCGGCACUGAGGUGGAGGCAGCAGUUGCUGAUGCACUGAGGAAGCCGUUGAGGAGGAGGUAUGAAUCACCGGGGAUGUACUCUGAUGAUGAUGCCAACAGUGAUGCAUCUAGCGCAUGUUCAGAGCGCUCAUAUGGCUCCCGAAACGGAGGCAUUCCUCAUUAUCUGCGCCAGACUGAGGAUGUGGCAGAGGUCUUGAACCAUUGUGCCAGCUCCAACUGGUCAGAGAGGAAGGAGGGUCUGUUGGGCUUGCAGAAUCUCCUCAAAAGCCAAAGAAUACUGAGCCGAGUGGAGCUGAAGAGACUUUGUGAGAUCUUCACAAGAAUGUUUGCAGAUCCACACAGCAAGAGAGUGUUCAGCAUGUUUCUGGAGACUCUUGUGGACUUCAUCACAGUACACAGAGAGGAUUUGCAGGACUGGCUUUUUGUCCUGCUCACCCAGCUGCUCAAGAAGAUGGGAGCAGACCUGCUGGGAUCAGUCCAGGCCAAAGUCCAGAAGGCCCUGGAUGUCACAAGGGAGUCUUUCCCAUUCGAUCAGCAGUUCAACAUUCUGAUGAGGUUUAUUGUGGAUCAGACUCAGACACCAAACCUCAAGGUAAAGGUGGCCAUUUUGAAGUACAUAGAGUCCCUGGCUCGGCAGAUGGACCCAACAGACUUUGUCAACUCCAGCGAGACACGACUGGCAGUAUCUCGCAUCAUUACUUGGACCACUGAACCCAAAAGUUCUGAUGUCCGGAAGGCAGCUCAGGUGGUGCUGAUCGCCUUGUUUGAGCUCAACACUCCAGAGUUCACGAUGCUGCUGGGAGCCUUGCCCAAAACCUUUCAGGAUGGAGCCACUAAACUGCUGCACAACCACCUGAAGAACUCGAGCAAUACCAGUAGCAGUGUGGGAUCUCCGAGUAACACCAUUGGUCGGACGUCACAACGCCACACUCCCAGCAGAACCAGCCCCCUCACCUCACCAACAAACUGUUCCCACGGAGGACUGUCUCCAAGUCGGUUAUGGGGUUGGGGUGUCGACGGACUGUCAAAGCACCCCCCUGCCCCUCCUCCUCCUCCUCCUCCGCCUCACUCCACCCCUGCUGCCCCCUCCCUAAGGGUCCUGCGCAGAGCAUAUUCACCCAGCAUGAUGGAGUAUGACACAGAAAACAUGAAUUCGGAAGAAAUCUACAGCUCACUCCGUGGUGUCACUGAGGCCAUCCAGAGCUUCAGCUACCGGAGCCAAGAGGACCUCAAUGAGCCGGUCCGAAGAGAGGGCAAGAGGGAUGAUGCAGCAGGGAGAGAAGGAGUAGCAUCAUCUCCAGGUUCUGAUGCCCGCUUGGGUUUAGACAUGGUGGAAGGGGGUCGCACCGCCUUGGACAACAAGACGUCACUGCUAAACACACCUUCACCGCGCUCUUUCUCUGGGCCACGAAGUCGUGAGUUUGCCCCAUAUGGCUAUGGAGAAACGAUCUGCACCUAUGACAAGAGUGCCCUGAAGGAGGCCGUCUUUGAUGAUGAUGUGGAGCAGUUCCGAGACUUUGGGCAGGACCACUCAGACCUGGUGGCUGAUCUGCUCAAGGAACUGUCCAAUCACAAUGAGCGCUCUGAGGAGCGCAAAGGUGCCCUUGUGGAGUUGCUUAAGAUUGCACGAGAAGACAGCCUGGCUGUGUGGGAUGAACACUUCAAAACCAUCCUCCUCCUCCUGCUGGAGACACUGGGUGAUAAAGAUCACACCAUCCGAGCCCUGGCCUUGCGUGUGCUCAAAGAAAUUUUGAAGAACCAACCAGCCCGCUUUAAGAACUAUGCUGAGCUAACUAUCAUGAAGACACUGGAGGCUCACAAAGACUCUCAUAAGGAGGUGGUGCGUGCAGCUGAGGAAGCGGCGUCCACCCUCGCCGGGUCCAUCCACCCUGAGCAAUGCAUCAAGGUGUUGUGCCCUAUUGUGCAGACGGCCGACUACCCCAUCAACCUGGCUGCCAUCAAGAUGCAAACCAAAGUCAUUGAACGCAUCGCUAAGGACUCAUUACUGCAGUUGCUGCCCGACAUAAUCCCUGGACUUCUGCAGGGCUAUGACAACACAGAGAGCAGCGUUCGCAAGGCCAGCGUGUUCUGUCUGGUAGCUAUCUACUCUGUGAUUGGCGAGGAGCUUAAACCCCACCUGGCACAGCUCACGGGCAGCAAGAUGAAGUUACUGAACCUGUACAUCAAGCGUGCCCAAACGACCAACAGCAAUAGCAGCAGUUCCUCUGAUGUCUCCUCUCACAGUUAGUAUCGGGAGGAUUCAUGUGGAAACCCUGUGGAUGGACGCCAAUCAAGGAUUUCCAGGACAAAGCUGCGCUUCUUUCAGACCUCUCCCUCUCUGAGCUUCCUCUCCCCAUUAUAUUUCAAGUUCUGCCGUGCUUUUCUCCUGUUUUAAAGGGAUUCUGUUAAAUGAAUUUGUGUUUAGUUCAUUCCUCCAGCCCGACUCUGUUCUAGAAACUUUUGAAUGUAACUGCUGUAUUGGUCUUAGACCGGCGAGGAGGGAAUCAACACGUUUGGAGUUUUUUGGAAAUGGCACUUUCUCUUCCUCCAUGAUUCCCACCUUCUCCAGUUCAGCUUUUGUCAUUGGAAGCCUGUUUGUCCCUCAGCGCCCAGAUUUGUUAGAAGUUCACACAUGAUAUUAUGAAAUGUUCACAUCAAAGUGGAGGAAUGUUGUCACACAAAAAUUUUUGUCAAAUCAGUUAGGGAUGAGAUGUCAUUUGGCUGGUCCAGUGAUGGUAGCAAGCCCAUAAGUUUUGCGAUGAAUUCUGUUUUAGGGCGCAUAAAAAACAAAUAAUUCAAGAAAGAAAUGUGACAGAAAUAUGAAAGUACUGUAUAAACAUUUUUAGUUAAUACUUAGGUUUAAGAUGUGGCUCAUGGGAAGCCUGUCCAUCGAUUGUAAGAGUUUUUUAUUCUUAUUUGUUCUUAUAAGUGGCUUAAUAUAUUAAAUCCCCCUUUCACAAGGUCCUUGGUUUACUCAACUUUUCAGCCACAUAAUUGACAAUCCUUCAAAUUGUGUGCAGAUCUUUAGUUUGAGGUGCAAAACAUGAGCUUGCUGUUUAACUGCACAAUGAAAGAUGGCUACAUUAGGCUUCAAAUCACAAUCAGCAGACCAAGUCAAGUCGAAGCUGAGCCCAUGAAAAGUUGUUGCCUGUAUUUAUACACUAACGUUUCUGCAUUAAGUUCGGAAACUUUUCGAACAAUUGUCAUUUGUUGCCAAUCUGUGUCAUCUUCCCUGUAAAUCUGCCAGGCCUCUGUUCAGUCUGAGCACGUUCAGGUACUCCCUGUGUCUGAAGAGGAAGUCCUUUGUAAAUACCACAGAUGUGGAGUUGGGAGAGAGACCAGCGCCUGAGAACAGUCGAAAAGACUUUACCAAGCCUUAUUCACUUUACACACGCUUGUGUUUGUUGACUGGACUGCGGAGAGUGAAUGGGAUGUACAGCACUGUAUCUGUUUGCUCUCAAAAAAAAUGUGAAUCUACAGGAAAACAGACUAUGGCGGCGUUCUUGACCUGCAAUGAUGCAAAUCCAGUAUUAGCUGUUUCCUCUGAUCUCCUUCAGUUUCCCUUCAUGUACACGGCUUCUGCAAUAACCGCAAAACAACCGAUAAAGGUAUUUUGUACAUACACUUUUCAACUACUGCUUCACAAGGUUUUACAUAAUGUCACAUAACGAAAAUCGAACAGGUUGACUAUCUAAAUUUUUUGCACGUUAGCAAAAUAGCUUGCAUGUAACCUGCAGCACAUGUCAACUUUGUGCUGUUUUGAAGGGCCCAGGUUUUAGGCUGAUAAGUGCACUUGUAACAUCAUGGAGUUACUCAUCUCUAAUUUCAUGUUUCUGGAGAGGAACAAGUCACAUUUGAUCAUAUGUAACAGGUACAACAUGGAGCUAACACUGUUCACCAAACCUUUGUUUGGUUUAUUUAAGUACUUAGGUGGAGAAUUUUUAAAAAGUCUUACCUCUGGGCACGACUUUAGAUUGAGGUAUCAUAAAGCUUUAAAAUGUUGCAUUCCUGCUGAGACGCUACAUGGGUCCCUGACUAGGGACAGUUUCCCAUAAUUACUGGAUAUGAUUUGGUUUAUCAGGGUACAGUUAAUCUCCCGUAAAUUCUCUUCUCAUCUGCUGACUUCUAGCAAAUUAAUAAUAAUAAUUAUUCCUGAUUUUGCUUGAAAGAAGCCUGACUGUAAUGUGGGACUUUGAGUUACUGGGUGUUCUCAUUUAGGUAGUUCACUGAGAAUGGGCCAAUUAUGGUUAUUUAAGUAAAUGAAUGUACAGAAUUGACAUGCUUACGUUGUAACUUGCUGUUGGAGUAUUGGUACUAAAAACAAUUUCAACAAUAUGCCGCCCUGCACACUCUGUAAAAUGCCUCCUGACUUUUCUUUCACCCAGUUCCCCUCAACAACUUCUGACCCAUUAAUCAGCUUAGCUUACUCCAGUUAAAGCAAAUCUGUGAGGAAAAAUUUACCAAACAAACUAUCAGUCACUAUGAGGAGGCUGUGCUCACCCUGGUCCUACAAACAGACAACAUGGUAUUCUUUGCAAACUGUUCACUAUGCAUGUUCAAUAGUACACUUUUUCUUUUGUGUCAGUCAGCCAUGUAAUAUUCAUACCUGUAUUUAUAUAUUUUAUUUUCUCUCGUGUUAAAUUGUACAGAAGGGUUUUUGUUAACAUCCACCUGUGAUAGAUUUGCAACAAUGUAAAGAAACUGUUUGCUCUAGAAAUAAACAAACUGAGAACCGA